AGACAAUCACCAAUAUCGAAAUAUUCUUCCACCACUCAGUCCCUCUUUUUCGGCGCGCAUACACAUAUACAACUACCACAGCCUCCGACUCCGCGCUCGAACGCCAGUCUCAAUCGCAAGAACUGCAGAGCGCAACAAGCAAGCACACCACACACCCGAACCGCAAAAAUGCAUUUGAUGUACACGAUGCAAGAUGGCAAGCGUGUCUAUACGCUGAAGAAAGUUGUUUCGGGCGAAGUCACAAAAUCUGCACAUCCUGCUCGAUUCUCGCCAGAUGACAAGUACUCGAGACAUCGUGUUACGUUGAAGAAGAGAUAUGGAUUGCUUUUGACGCAGCAGAAGGAUCUUAAAGUGCUGGGCCAAUAGAUUUCAGUGACGAGGACGAAAAUUUGGGGUGAUAGAAGCUCUUCUGCAGAUUGGGAAAGGAUGGGCUUUGAAUAAUACUGCAAAAGUUCUGCAAGAGUAUACCAGGGCGUUCAGGUGCAACAUUUGGUCAAUGGGUGGUGUUUUGUACUUGACACAGGCUUCACGAUGCGAAAGAAGGAAUUGAGCGCCCUGAGAGAGUUUCAGCUGUCCCCGAUGUUCCACAGAGUCAGGGACAUUCGUUGUCUACAAUUGCUUUGUGUAGUAGAAAAUCAAAAUGCGGUCGCUAUGCACAAGUCUAUCCUUCCA